AUGGCUUUACAGGCUCCCCUCUCCCAGUUGCCUAGCCUCUCUGCAAUUGCUCCAGAUGUCUUUACGACGCUGCCCUCGCUCUUUACUUCGCCGCUUCAAACUCUCCGACGCUAUCGCCUGGCGCGGCUGCGCACCGAAGGAGAUGUAUCGGCUUUCUUCGAAUGUCGUUCUCCCAGAUUUCCUCGCCUCCCUUCCGAGCAACAGUACCCCAUCGCAAACGCUCAACCUAAAUCCUCGCCGAACAAUACCCUGGAUGUCUCGAACCCUUUCCUCAUCAGUUACCUCUCGUUUGAACUUGGCACCGACCCUGCGCCGGGAUUUGUCGACCAGAGUUCCCAAUGCCUCACCAAGUGCCGCCUCGGGAAAACGCUCGAUAAGAUCACCUUUGACACAGUCUUCAUUCACUUCUUUAGUGUUUGGUCCCCCACGGCGAGGAAAUAA